AUGAUGAAUGAUGCUAGAUGCAACAACUACAUCAAGAACUACGAUCCCAAAGAGUUUAGGUACUGUUCCCAGUAUCACAACUGCAUCCAACAAGGCUGCGCAAACCAGCGCAACCACCCCAACGGCACCGACUACAGAUACUGUCCAGACCACCGCUGCGACCACCAAGACUGCACAAACCCGAAAUCCCCUCCAUCCUCCUUCUGCGCCUCCCACACCUGCGCCGCACCCUCUUGCCUGGCCCGCUGCCCCGGCGCGACAGGCGACGCCCACGACCCCUCCCGCCACUGCGACCGCCACCGCAUGUGCGCCGCGCCCGGCUGCCGGCGCUUUGCCCACGUCAACGAGCACGGCGUCCCCUCGGCCCACUGCGGCGAGCACCACUGCCGGUUCGAGCAGCAGCCGCCGUGCGGCAACGCGAGGGCGGCGGGCGCCGGCGAGGGGACGUGCUUGGCGCAUACCUGCGAGGAGAGGGGCUGCGGGAGGAUCAAGACGAGGUACAUGCCGGACGCGGGCGGCGUGGCGGGACGGUAUUGUAAGAGGCACGAGAUUUGUGGCACGCCUGGGUGUGGGAGGUUUCGACAUGUGGAUGGGGAGAACGUGAGGGAUAUGUGCGAGGAGCACCUGGCGACCCGCUGCCGCAGAGCAGGUUGCGACGCCCGCGUCGUCGAAGGGGGUACCCUCUGCCUAGACCACACCUGCCGAGACCGCAGCUGCCAAAACGAGCGGUCCGCCCUGGGCCGCUACUGUACCGACCACAAGUGCUCCGUCCAGGGCUGCCAGCAGCUCCGCGAGACGGUGGUCCUGUCGCAGACGAUGAUGAUGCUGGGCGUGCUGAGCCUCAACCUGCCGCUGUCGCCGUACUGCCGGGCUCACGUGUGCGGUCAGGAGGGCUGCGCGGAGCCGGCGGCGGGCGGCGUGAAUGGGGGCGGUUCGCGGUAUUGUCUCGCGCACGCGAGGUGUCGGAGGCCGGGGUGUGGGAAUGGGGUCGAGGUGAGGGGACGGGAUGGUAGUUUGUGUGAGGAGCAUAAUCGGCUUGGGGGCGGGUGGAUGGGGAGGAGGGGGGUGUUGGAUCCUGAUGCGUAUGGAUGGGGUGGUGGUGGUGGUGGAGGAGGAGGAGGAGGAGGCGGCGGUGGUGGGCAGCAUUGGCCUGGGUUUGGACCUUGGGGGGUGAAUGCCACUAUUUAG